GGGAAAAUGGGGGAAAAUUAAAACCGAAAUGGCGGGAAGGAAUCAAAGCUCGAAACCUACUCUAUAAAUUCACAAACCAACACACUUCCCCAAACCCCAAAUUCCUUGUGUUCUCUUCCAUAAGAAACACAUUAAGAAGAAAAAUUCGAAACUAAAAAAGAAAUUGUUACUUUCUUUAAUUUGGAUAGAAUGGGAAAGAGAAAGAAAUCUAGGGUUUCACGCGACGAGGAAGAGGAAGAAGUGGAAAACCACUCUUCUUCAAACGGAAAGAGCUUAUAUGAGGUUCUCGGCGUUGAGAAGACAGCAUCUCAGCAGGAUAUUAAGAAAGCAUAUUAUAAGUUGGCCCUUAAACUGCAUCCUGAUAAAAAUCCUGGUGAUGAGGAAGCUAAAGAGAAAUUUCAGCAAUUGCAAAAGGUGAUAUCCAUUCUUGGCGAUAAGGAGAAACGGGCAGUCUACGAUCAAACUGGUUGUGUUGAUGAUGCUGACCUUGCCGGGGAUGUUGUUGAGAAUUUGAAAACCUUUUUCAGGGCAAUGUACAAAAUGGUCACUGAGGCUGAUAUUGAAGAGUUUGAAGCAAACUAUAGGGGAUCUGAAUCAGAGAAGAAAGAUUUAAUCGAUCUUUAUAAGAAGUGCAAGGGCAAUAUGAAUAAGCUCUUCUGUUCAAUGCUUUGUUCAGAUCCUAAGCUUGACUCACACCGUUUCAAGGAUUUGCUUGAUGAGGCAAUAGCUGCUGGAGAAUUGAAAGGAACCAAAGCCUAUCGGAAAUGGGAAAAGAAAGUAUCUGAAAUUAAGCCACCUACCAGUCCCUUGAGAAGAAAGAAGUCAACUAAACAGUCGAAAUCAGAAUCAGAUCUAUUUGCAAUCAUAUCUCAGCGCAGAAGUGAGAGGAAAGAUCACUUUGAUUCCAUGUUUUCGUCACUGGUGUCCAAAUAUGGGGGUAAUGCAGAUUCUGAACCCACUGAUGACGAAUUCAAAGCUGCACGGAAAAAAGUUGAAAGCCGAAAGGUCAAGAAAUCAAAGUGUCUUGCCUAAAUUUUAUUCUAGGACUGUUUAUGCUGAAAGCUUUAUUGGGUGAGAAUUAUGAAAAGGAAUUAAUUAUCUCAAGAAACGUG